AACAAAAACAUGGCUGGCCUUUCUCAACGAAACUUGCUGUACCUGAAGAUUUCAAACAGCCUUUCUGACAGUGAAGUCAAGACACUGCGUGACUCUAUAGUAAAAGAUGGGCACCUUGGGGUCGCAAAGGUACAAAAAGCCACUCCCCAUGAAAUGUUUAACAUGUUGGAAGACGACGCCAGACUACCCGAAGGCGAUCUGAGUUUGUUGUCGUCGCUCUUAAGAGCCCUGCAGAAGUGGGAGCUGGUCGAGGAAGUGGAAGAUCUUGCAAGAGAAGAGAGAGGAGAAAGUCCACGAAGAAGAGCUGCAGAAGUAGGGAUCAACCCAUCAGAGACAACUGAUAAUAGAGGCAAACGCAAAAAGAUCAAACUUGAGGGAAAUGAAACUUGCGCUUCCCGAUCUACUGAUGAAGACGAUCAAAAGAGGAGAGUGAAAAGAGUUUUCAUAAGCUACAGCAUGGACCCGUAUAACAACAGUGACCCUUCCCAACGCGAUGAAGACGUCCAACUCCAGAGAAGAAGAGUGAAGAGCCUCGCAGAUGCACUCCGACAGAACGGCGUAGACUGUAUGAUAGACCAGUACGCCGAGUACAACCCUCCCGACAUGUGGACAACCUGGAUGCAGAACCAGAUCGUCCAGGCAGAUUACGUCCUGAUGGUCUGCAGUCCUCACUACCUAGAAUGCGUCAUGGGCCAGAAAAGCUCAGACUCACCACAUGGACACAUGGCUAGCUUUGAAGGCAAAGUCAUCUUCGGUCAGUUGGCUAACCCCGACUGUUACAAGAAGUUUCUGCCAGUUUUCUUCGACAAGAUUGACCGAAGAUAUGUUCCACCGGUUCUUCAGGGGUGUCACAUGUAUGGGCCGAUAGAACAUCCGGCUAGAUUUGGACAGGAGAAAUUUGACAUACUGCUGUCUAAGAUUCUAGGUAGGGUGCUGCCAGAGAAGUGUGCACCAGAGAUGGGAAAGCCUCCCUCCCCACCUGCAACAAUCUAAAGCAAAAUGUAUCUGCAUUAAAAGAUAUGCGAUGACCAAUGCUAUGUUUGAAUACAUCAAUUCCUGUACGUGAUUUUAUAUACUUUUAUGAUUUACUAGUGUCAACAAAUGAUCUCGUAAGACGUAUUUAAUGAUAUGCAUUGUGCAAUACAGUAAGCACUUCGUGUGUACAACUCUUCUAAAAUCUUCCAAGAUUAUAGACAUCGUAAUACAACCAAAAAUGCAUAGUGUUUGCGAUGGGUACUAUGAUAAUGUACAGAGCACAUUGACUGAUAUGUAUCAGUAGAAUAAGACAGAUGAAUAUUCUGUCCAAGUGGAAAAUCCAAAGAAAAUCACCUUUCCUAUGUUAGCUACAUUAAGUAUAUACUUCCGUUUUCCACAUUAUGCUGGUAUGUCAUAUGGAACAUAUAAGGCAAAGAGAAUAUGUCAGCUACAUAAAACGG